CCCCCUCAUUUGCAUUCCGACCCCGCCCCCUCCUGGCAAAAUGUCCCACAAAGCCCUGCGGCGGGGCGGGGCCUGGCACGUGCGUGGGCGGGGCCGCUGCCCCCUCGAUGAUUGACAGCUCCCGGUCAGCACGUUCCCACCCCUGCCCCCAGACAGAGGGGUCGUGGGGUCAGAGGUCAGGUCAUCCUCCACCCCUCCCCCCCCACCCAGCGCUCCCACCCCUGCCGUGCCCUUUCACCUCUGGCCCCACCCAACCGCCGCCCUUCGCCCCGCCCGCGUCUCUGCGUGGGGGGAUGGGCGGGGGCCUCCCACGGGUGGGGGAGGGGCAGGCGGGGCUCCAUCACCCCCCGGCGCCGCACCCUGGCGGGAGCAGACACGGAGCCGAUGACGACGCGGCCACAGCCUUGCCCGGGCGCGGGGGACCCUCCCCGCGGGGGGACCCCCCAUGGGGACCCUCACCCCGGGGCCGCGGGCGUCGCCCCGCCCGGCCCCACCCGCUGGGGCAUCUGCUCAGCCGGGCACAUCUGCCACGACUUCAUGGUGGCCUUGAAGACCCUCCCCCCUGAGGAGCACGUGGCGGUGGCCGUGGCCGCCCGGGACCUGUCCCGGGCCGAGGCCUUCGCGCGGCGCCACGGGCUGCCCCGGGCCUACGGCUCCUACCGGGAGCUGGCGGAGGACCCCGACGUGGAGGUGGUGUACGUGGGCACCGUGAACCCCCAGCACCUCCCGGCCGCGCGGCUCUUCCUGGGCGCCGCCAAGGCCGUGCUGCUGGAGAAGCCCAUGGCCGUCAGCGCCCACCAGGUCCGCGAGCUCGUGGCGGCCGCCCGCGCCCAGGGGGUCUUCCUGAUGGAGGGCUUCUGGACCCGCUUCUUCCCGGCCUGGCGGCGGCUGCAGGCGCUGGUGGCGGGGGGGGCGCUGGGGGAGCCCCGCCUGCUGCUGGGGUCCCUGGCCUUCCCCAUGGGGGACCAGGAGCGGCUGCGGGAGCCCGCCCUGGCCGGGGGGGCCCUGCUCGACCUGGGGGGGUACGGGCUGCAGAUGGCCACCGCCCUGCUGGGGGGGGCCCCGCGCUGCCUCACGGCCCGCGGCUGCCUGCACCCCUCGGGCGUGGACGAGACGGUGACGAUGACGCUGGAGUACGAGGGGAACCGCCAGGCCGUGCUGAGCUGCUCCAUGGCGGCCGAGCUGCCGGGGGGGGCCGCGCUGGGGGGGCCCCUGGGCUGGGCCGAGUUCCCCCCCAGCCACAUGAACUGCCCGACGGAGCUGGUGGUGGGGGGGCGGCGGGAAGUGUUCCCCCUGCCCCCCCCCUCACAGCCCCUCAACUUCCCCCACGGCACCGGCCUGCGCUACGAGGCCCAGCAUGUCCGCGAGUGCCUGCUGCAGGGUCUGACCGAGAGCCCUGUGAUGCCGCUGGCCGAGAGCGAGCUCAUCGCCCGGCUGCUGGACGAGGCGCGGCGGCAGGUGGGGGCUGCGGGGCCCGAGGAGGGGGCUGCGGGCACCCCCUGCCCCACAGCAUGAGUCCCCACCCCACGGCGCAAGCCCUCAGCCUCAUGGCACGAUCCCCCACACCUCUAAAGUCACAAUAAAGAGCUAAACCCC